UCUUGCACGGUGACAUUUUCUUCCAUUGCUUUCAACCGUCAGAGAAAGAAGCAGAAGGCAGGAAGGGCGUGGACUCACUGCCGAAGAACCGUCCAUUUCUUACAGAUUAUGAAGGUGAAUGUGGUGUAUUGAACCGUGGACAUGAUGGGGAAACUGACCGGGUUGUGUGUGCUGCUGUUUGUGCUGAACGUCGCUGUAACCGAGGGUACUGAAACACCGGUGUACUUCGCGGAUGGCGGAGAUCUAACGUUAAAAGUGAGGCCUCCUCUUCCGGAUCACAUCAACAACAUCUUGUGGAAGUUCAACGAUAAUCUGCUGGUCGAGUGGGUGGAGAAGCUGGUUCCUCUGAAUUAUUACCCCAGACUUAAAGGACGAGCAAACCUCACCACAGAGACUGGACAGCUGAUCAUCUACAAGAUGAAUAAAGAGGACGAGGGUGUGUAUUCAGUGGAGAUCAACGACAGAGUCCAGAGUGAGAAAUAUCAAGCUAAAAUGAUCAACACGGUCCAGAAGCCCAAAGUAGUGCUGAGGACAUUGACUUGUGAAGCUGAGUCUGAGAGUUGUACGUUCUCCUGUGACUCAGACUCAGACACCACUGGGGCUGAACCCAUCACCUACAGCUGGAAGAAGGGAGAUGGAGAGGUGUUGGGGAAGGACAUCAACAUCACCAGAGAGCAUGACUCAGGUGUGAAGACCUUCACCUGUAGGAUGGAGAACCCAGUCAGCCAGGAAGAGAGUGACCCAGAACACAACCCGCUCUACAAGGAGCCUACUGAGCCAGACAGCAAUACUGUACUUGUCAUUUCACAUGAGCUAAGGAGACUGAAGUCUUCUGGAGUGCAGGGGGAACUCCUGAAGACCUUUUAUGACGAUGAUGAUGGCAUCAGACAUUUUUGA